AUGCCACCAGUGUUUCCCAUGUUAACAGUUCUGAGCAUGUUUUACUAUAUGUGCCUUCGGCGCCGAGCUAGGACAGCAACAAGAGGAGAAAUGAACAGCCGGAGGGCUAUUGAAUCAAACACCCGAGCCUUACCUAUCAACGUCGAAAUAGUUCAGUAUGCCAAAGAAGUGUUGGAUUUCAGCUCUCACUAUGGUAGUGAAAACAGCAUGUCGUAUACCAUGUGGAAUUUAGCAGGUAUUCCAAAUGUGUACCCCAGUUCUGGUGACUUUACUCAGACCGCGGUCUUUCGAACUUACGGAACCUGGUGGGAUCGUUGCCCGAGCGCUCGGCUGCCAUUCAAGAGGACGCCUUCCACCUUCUGUAGCCAGGACUAUGUGGAACUCGCUUUUGAGGAACCAGUUUAUCCCACUGCAGUGCACAUUCUGGAAACGUAUCAUCCUGGAGCUAUAGUCAGGAUUUUGGCAUGCUCUGCAAAUCCUUACUCACAAAAUCCACCAGCUGAAGUAAGAUGGGAAAUCCUUUGGUCCGAGGCACCUGUGAGGGUGGACGGUCCUCAGGCUCGGCAAUUCACACCUUGUAUCAAACAGAUAAACUUUCCCACAAACUUAAUCCGACUAGAAGUGAACAGUUCUCUUCUGGACUAUUACACUGAAUUGGAUGCAGUAGUACUACAUGGCGUAAAAGAGAGGCCUGUGCUUUCACUUAAGACUUCAAUGAUUGACAUGAAUGAUAUUGAUGAAGAUGAGGAUGAAGAAAAGUAUGGCUGUGGAAUGGACACACUUAAUAAACAGUUCAGCAUUGUUACUCUCAGGGAGUGGCCAACCAAUGGAUAUUUUGAUAAACUGCCUUAUGAGCUCAUCCAGUUGAUUUUGAGUCACCUUACAGUACCAGACCUGUGUAGACUAGCGCAAACUUGUAAGCUACUGUAUCAACAUUGCUGUGAUCCACUACAGUACAUUCAUCUCAGUUUACAACCUUACUGGGCAAGAAUUAAUGAUACAUCUCUGGAAUACCUACAGUCUCGCUGCACUCUCAUCCAGUGGCUGAAUUUAUCUUGGACUGGAAACAGGGGAGCCAUCUCUGUUUCUGGAUUUAGCAGGUUCUUGAAAGUUUGUGGCUCUGAACUAGUACGUCUUGAGUUGUCUUGUGGCCAUUUCCUCAAUGAAACAUGCUUGGAGGUCAUUACUGAAAUGUGUCCAAAUCUUCAGGAAUUAAAUCUGUCAUCAUGUGAUAAAAUACCACCUCAGGCUUUCAACCACAUAGCCAAAGUGGGCGGCCUAAAGCGUCUCAUUCUCUAUCGAACAAAAGUGGAGGUAGGAAAAAGUAUUUUUAACCUUUGCAAUAAAUGCUUUCAAUCCUGGUAUGGGGGUUUGGGACUUGAAGGUCAGGUGAAUGAAGAUGGAGACAAAAAUCCAACCAGUGAGUCCUCCAGCGUUUGUCACUCACCCCGUGCCUUAGGAGUUCUUCAGUUAAGAAGAAAAGGAGGGUAG